AUGGUGAACAACCGAUCCAGAGAAGUCAUCUCGAUCCAUGUCGGUCAGGCAGGAGUUCAGAUGGGAAAUGCUUGCUGGGAGUUGUACUGCUUGGAACACGGCAUUCAACCCGACGGCAUCAUGAUUGAAGAUGAUAGUAUCGGGAUCGAAGAUGACUCUUUCAACACAUUUUUCGCUGAAACACGAUCUGGCAAGCAUGUUCCUCGGGCUAUUAUGAUCGAUCUGGAGCCGACUCCUAUAGAUGAGAUUCGAACUGGAACAUACAAGGGACUUUUCCAUCCGGAACAGUUACUCACUGGCAAAGAAGACGCUGCUAACAAUUAUGCUCGAGGACAUUAUACUGUUGGAAAGGAAAUCAUUGAUGUCUGUAUUGAUCGUGUCCGUCGACUCGUUGAGAACUGUAAAGGACUUCAGGGAUUUCUCAUUUUCCAUUCGUUCGGAGGGGGUACUGGAUCAGGUUUUACAGCUCUCUUGAUGGAGAGACUGUCGGUUGAUUAUGGCAAGAAAAGCAAACUGGAGUUCUGUAUAUAUCCUGCUCCACAGGUGUCAACAUCUAUGGUGGAGCCUUACAACUCGAUUCUAACUACUCACACAACCCUAGAGCAUUCUGAUUGUUCAUUCAUGAUGGAUAACGAAGCCAUCUAUGAUAUAUGUCGAACGAGACUCGACUUAGCCAGACCAACGUACACUAAUUUGAACCGCAUUAUUGCUCAGGUUAUCAGUUCUGUCACUGCUAGUCUUCGUUUCGAUGGAGCUUUGAACGUCGAUUUGACCGAGUUUCAGACCAAUUUGGUGCCCUAUCCACGCAUACAUUUCCCUUUGACAACAUUUGCUCCCAUAAUCUCUUCCGAAAAAGCUUAUCACGAGCAAAUGACUGUUGCCGAGAUUACUCAGCAAUGUUUCGAGCCAGGUGCACAAAUGGUAAAAUGCGAUCCACGAAGGGGAAAGUAUAUGGCUUGUUGUCUUUUGUUCCGUGGAGAUGUUGUUCCCAAAGAUGUCAAUGCUGCCAUUGCGGCAGUCAAAACGAAAAGAACAAUACAGUUUGUAGAUUGGUCCCCCACUGGUUUUAAGGUAGGGAUCAACUAUCAACCCCCAACAGUUGUUCCUGGCGGAGAUUUGGCUAAGCUUCAACGAGGUGUAUGCAUGCUCUCUAAUACUACUGCCAUAGCUGAGGCAUGGGCCAGAUUAGAUCACAAGUUUGAUCUGAUGUAUGCAAAAAGAGCUUUCGUACAUUGGUAUGUUGGAGAAGGAAUGGAAGAAGGAGAGUUCAGUGAAGCCCGUGAGGAUUUAGCUGCGCUAGAGAAAGAUUACGAAGAAGUUGGAAUCGAUGCGACAGAUCCAGACGAAGACGACGAAUACAAUUAUUAA